GGUGAUGGUGAGUCCAACUUCAGAGCAGUAUGACAGUUUGCUCCGGCAGAUGUCAGAGAGAAUUGAUGAGGGUUGUGGGGAGACCAUCUAUGUCAUUGGUCAAGGAUCAGACGGGACUGAAUACGGUCUGAGCGAGGCAGACAUGGAAGCAUCCUAUGCCACAUUGAAGAGCAUGGCAGAGCAGAUUGAAGCAGACGUGAUCCUCCUGCGGGAGCACCAGGAGGCAGGGGGCAAGGUGCGCGACUACCUUGUUCGGAAACGUGUGGGUGACAACGACUUCCUGGAGGUCAGGGUAGCAGUGGUUGGCAAUGUGGAUGCAGGAAAGAGCACGUUACUAGGUGUCUUGACACAUGGCGAACUAGACAAUGGCCGAGGCUUUGCUCGGCAAAAGCUCUUCCGCCAUAAGCAUGAGAUCGAGUCAGGCCGCACCAGCAGCGUCGGCAACGACAUUCUGGGCUUCGACAGUGAGGGCAACGUGGUGAACAAGCCCGACAGCCACGGUGGCAGCUUGGAAUGGACAAAGAUCUGUGAGAAAUCCACCAAGGUCAUUACUUUCAUUGACCUGGCUGGUCAUGAAAAGUACCUGAAAACCACCGUCUUUGGCAUGACCGGCCAUUUACCCGACUUCUGCAUGCUUAUGGUUGGCAGUAACGCUGGGAUUGUUGGAAUGACCAAGGAGCACUUGGGUCUGGCGCUUGCACUUAACGUUCCCGUCUUUGUUGUGGUGACCAAGAUCGACAUGUGCCCUGCCAACAUCCUGCAAGAAACCCUGAAGCUGUUACAGCGACUGCUGAAGUCCCCAGGGUGCAGGAAGAUUCCCGUGCUGGUUCAGAGCAAGGAUGAUGUCAUUGUAACAGCCUCCAACUUCAGCUCAGAGAGGAUGUGCCCGAUUUUCCAGAUUUCAAAUGUCACCGGGGAGAACCUAGAUUUGCUGAAGAUGUUUCUUAAUCUUUUGUCUCCACGGACCAGUUACAGGGAAGAAGAGCCAGCAGAAUUCCAGAUAGAUGAUACUUACUCUGUCCCGGGUGUAGGAACAGUUGUGUCUGGCACGACACUGAGAGGCCUAAUCAAGCUAAAUGACACCCUGCUGCUGGGGCCAGAUCCCCUGGGCAACUUCCUACCUAUUGCUGUCAAGUCCAUCCACCGCAAGAGAAUGCCUGUCAAAGAAGUGCGGGGAGGGCAGACUGCCUCCUUUGCUUUGAAAAAGAUCAAGCGCUCUUCCAUCCGGAAAGGCAUGGUAAUGGUGUCACCCCGCCUGAAUCCACAAGCAUCGUGGGAGUUUGAAGCAGAGAUUCUGGUGCUCCAUCACCCCACCACCAUCAGCCCACGAUAUCAGGCCAUGGUGCAUUGUGGCAGCAUCCGUCAGACGGCCACGAUUCUCAGCAUGGACAAGGACUGCCUGCGGACGGGGGACAAAGCCACCGUGCACUUUCGCUUCAUCAAAACCCCGGAAUAUUUGCAUAUAGACCAGCGGCUGGUCUUCCGCGAAGGCCGCACCAAAGCUGUGGGUACCAUCACUAAGUUACUCCAGACCACCAAUAACUCGCCAAUGAACUCCAAGCCACAGCAGAUCAAGAUGCAGUCAACCAAGAAGGGAGCUGUUACGAAACGAGAGGAUGGUGUUCCCCCUGGGAUGGCAGCUGGAGGCCCACCAGCUGGGGACGAGGGCACCUCAACAGCCGCAGCGCCACUGACACCUACUGCCCUGCAACCAUUGUCAAAAGUCGGAGGAGGCGGCCGGCGACGUGGGGGUCAGCGCCAUAAAGUGAAGUCUCAGGGAGCCUGCGUGACUCCUGCCAGUGGCUGCUGAAUUUCUUAUUCCUUCUCCCUCUGAGGAAUUCCUCCCCUUCCCUUCAUUUCUUAUCCAAAAGAUCCAGAGCAGCUUAAACCAAAACCCAUCCCAGCUGAUUGGCUGCAGAAGAAUCGUCCCUCCUCCCCGAAGGAAGCGAUGGAGAGGAGCAUAAUUUAUAAGCUAAUGAAGGUGAUAAGACACACAGAACUGAGUAACUGACACCUUCCUCCUCCCCCUAUCGACACAUUUUUGUACAUCAUGGGCUUAGUUUUUAUUCUUAUUAGUUUUUAUUAUAUUUUGUGUGCAUGAAGAUGAGAGGAGAGUCUGGAUAGAACUGAGAAGAGCCAGUUAGCUGCCUCCCUCCUCCCUCACCCCAAUUCUGUCCACAGGACUUGCUGCUCUCCUCCUGUGCACUGUCUCAGAUCCAGGGGUUAUCAGACGCCUGAAAUUUCAGGCUUGCAAAGGUUAAAACAUGUUGCUUAGGGAUGGCUCCAUAGGGCAUUGUUUCCUCACCACUGUGGCCCCAUGCCGAAUAAUGUUUCUGGAUUCCCUCCAUCUUAAACUAUUUCUCAGUGAGUUUAAUUUAAUGUUGUAGUGACU